AUGUCGAUUGAAGUAGCCAAAGCUAUUGGAUAUGAAACAGAAGAAGUCAAGGCUUUAUGCACAGACAGAGAUGCAAUUUUAUAUUCCCUUGGUAUAGGAUAUAGUUCUGAUCCCAUGAAUGCAGAAGAACUUCCUUACACUUAUGAAUUGCAUGAAGAUUUCAAAGUAUUUCCAACAUACACCACCUGUCUUCAUAGAACUGAUAUUUUCAAGGCUUUGACUUCUUGCCCAGGAAUUCCAAAUUUCAAUCCAAUGAUGUUAUUGCAUGGAGAAUAGAGAAUAUAAGUCUUGAGACCUUUAAAAGCAGGAGUUGAAUAUGUUACUACAGGAAAGAUAGCCAACAUAUCUGAUAAGGGAAAAGGAGCUUUAAUCUAAUUCGAUUUAUUAAGUUCUGAAGUGGAUGCUUAAGGAAAGAAAACCUUGGCUUUUGUCAAUACAUUAUCUCUCUUCAUUAGAGGAUUGGGAGGUUUUGGACAUAAAGGAAAUCCAGUUGAAAACAUUCCUGCCACUCCUAAAAGGCCAGCUUGUAAGGAAGUCAAAUAAGUCACAACACCAAAUCAAGCUAUAAUAUACAGAUUGUCUGGUGAUAUUAAUCCAUUACAUAUUGACCCUAAUAUGGCUGCUCUAGGAGGAUUUGAUAAACCAAUUUUGCAUGGAUUGUGCACUUACGGUAUUUGUGCCAAAGCUGCCAUUCAAACAUUUACUUAAGGAAAUGGUGAUACUCUUAAAAAUAUGGCUGCCAGAUUUACUUCUCAUGUUUUCCCUGGAGAAACUUUAUUGAUUUCUUUAUGGAAGGAAGGAACCAGAGUUUAAUUUUCAGCUAAAACUUAAGAAAGAGGAAUAGAAGUUAUUGUUGGUUUUGUGGAGUUUAAUGAGAAGGCUAAAUUAUGA